CAAUUGUUUGCGGUUAUGUAAUAAAAUUGUUUGAUUAACUCAGUGUCAUUGAAAUGGGGAUAAUGCGCAAGUCAGUAGUGAAUUACCUAAUAAGACGAAAGAAAGUUGUCCAUGAUAUUAGUCCUAGAAUCAGCAUUUUUGUCAUUUUAUCAUUAUCAAAUGAUUUUACAGACGAAUCUAAUAAAAAGAAAUUGAUAUGUCACAGGCCACACACGCUACUGUUUGUCGGGGUAGCCUGCCUUGUUACAAACCAACGCAGGGCUCAUGUCUAUGAACCCAUAAACCUAAGUAACCUUGUCCAUAUACAUAGUUAUGCCGCUGUAAAACCUACUGAUCAGCGUUACCCCAAUUUUAUAUUUAUGUAUAAGAUGUCAUCGAAUAUUGUAUCCCUGGAUAUGAUUGUGUAGUUGCUCAAAAUGAGUGUUAAUUUAUUUUGAUAUUUAAGAAAUUUGUGAUAAUACUGUUAUAUAGAAUUAAACAUGGAUUUCAAAG